UUAAUAUUAUUAAUUAUCAUUAAAAGCAUGGCAUUAUAAUAAAUGUAUAAAAGUCAUAAAAUAAUGUCAUCUUGCGCAGUUACUGGGGUGAAUUCAAGUAAAGUGGGCCACUUGUUGUUAAACGUGUAAUUUAGGCACUUUGAGGUGUUUUUUUUUUCUUUCUUUUCUUUGUUAAUUUUGUUAACUUUAAGGCCCAGCGUUAAAAGGAUAGUUCACCCAAAAAUGAAAAUUCUGUCAUUGUUUACUCACCCUCACGUUGUUCCAAAUCUGUAUAAAUUUCUUUGUUCUGCUGAACACAAAGGAAGAUAUUUUGAAGAAUGUUUGUAACCAGGCUGCUUUGGGGCACCAUUGACUUCCAUAGUAGGAAAAAAAAAAUACUAUGGAAGUCAAUGGUGCCCCAAAACUGUUCAGUUUACCACAUUCUUCAAAAUAUCUUCACUGAAUACAAAUAAUAAUAAUAAUAAUAAUAAUAAUAAUAAUAAUAAUCUAGUAUCUUAAUUAGAAAUUAUAAAAACACAUCAAACAAAAAUAUUCAACAACAAAUUUUACAAACCCCAAAACAGCUUAAGCUAUAAAUAAAAUGCAUAGGUUCAUGUGUAAAAUUCAAAACAACUGCAGCUGCGCUUUGAUCUUGAAACAAAACCAUUCCUACUUCAGAUAUAGUAAAUUGGUUACAAAGAUUUAUUUAAAAAAAAAAAAAAACACACACACACACACACACACACACACACACAAACAUCGUCGUCAAAUCCGCCUACCCCCAAUUUAGGACGCGUGAACCUCCCCUUUAAUAAUGCGACGCAUGUGGGCAGUGUAUGCUAUGGUGUAAUGGGCGAGACAGACAUCUCGCCAUUAGCUUGUUGUUACCAUAGUAACUAAUCAACACUGCAGCGUCAUACAAAUGCACAGCAAACAAACCAGGCAACUCGCUUAAAUCUUACUUUUCUACAAACUGUUAGCUUAUAUUUUUUUUCAGAUGGCUAAAGUAGUGGCACAGUCUCAUUAUACAUUCGGAUUGCGGACAGGAGUGAGGAAUAAUUUGUUGUAUUAUGAUGAGCAAACCAUCAUAUUUCCGUGCGGAAACAACUGUGUGCGCUAUAAUAUCGAUCAGAAAUGGCAGAAGUUUAUUCCAGGUACAGAGAGAAGUCAGGGCAUGAAGGCUUUGGCCAUCAGCACAAACAAGCGUUAUAUGGCUGUGUCUGAAUGUGGAGAGAAAGCCACCAUCACUGUGUUUGAUCUGCAGCACGAGCAGAACAGGAAGAGGAAGGUGUUGACUGGAGGAGAGAUCCCGGUGGAUGAGUUUGUCUGCAUGGCCUUUUCCCCAGACUCAAAGUAUCUGAUCGGUCAGGCAGGUGGGCCAGACUGGACACUCUUUCUCUGGAUGUGGGAAAAGAAGAAGGUGAUGGCCACUGUGAAAACAAGCAGCAGUGGCCCUAUAAACCAGGUCAGCUUCAACCCUCAGGACAACACACAGAUCUGUGUGAGCGGCAACGGGGUGUUCAAGAUCUUCCGCUAUGCUGGAGAAACCCUGAAACAGUCCAGCACAUUUAAAACAGACUCCCAGAACUUCCUGUGCCACACCUGGAUAUCCACGGAGAAGGUGAUUGCCGGCACAGAGACAGGUCAGCUGAUGAUGUUUGAAUCAUGUCGCCUACGUUGGGAGACGAGUGUGGCAUCUGUGCAGAAGGUUAAGAGUCAGUCAGAAAAGCAGGACUCAAAUGAGCCCUCCUCCACCCUGCCGCGGGUGACAGCCAUUGUAGGUUAUUCUAGUGGAUUUGUUUGCUCCGCUGGUCCUGGAACUGUGUGUUUGUUUGAGAAAAUAGAAGAAGACCAGUACAAGAAGACCAAAGACAUAAAGAUUCCUCCAGAGGUGUUCAGUAAUGAUCCCAGUUCUGCAGAGCAGCAGGAAAUCAGUACUCUGUGCAUCAGUCCAUCAGAGGACACCCUGGCUGCCAGUACAGACUGCGGGCAGCUCUACAGCAUCAAUCUCUCCGUAGUUGAUUUAGCAAAGGGUGAUCAUGCUCAUUUUGAGUACCUGUCUCAAUCGUUCCAUUCCAGCAUUAUCACCGGUUUGUCCACCUGCAUCCGCAAACCGCACAUUGCCACCUGUUCACUGGACCGCUCAGUGCGCAUCUGGAACUUUGAGACCAAUGAUUUAGAGAUGUAUAAGGAGUUCCAGGAGGAAGCCUACAGCAUAGCUCUUCACCCCACUGGACUCUACAUCCUGGUGGGAUUCUCAGACAAACUCCGUUUCAUGACUCUGCUCAUCGAUGACAUCAGGACUUUGAAGGAGUUCACUGUACGCAGUUGCCGUGAGUGUGUGUUCAGCAAUGGAGGCCACUUGUUUGCUGCUGUCAAUGGAAAUGUGAUCAACAUCUACUCCACUACCACAUUUGAGGACGUCCUGAAUCUGAAGGGACACAAUGAAAAAGUGCGAGCCAUAGCAUUCAGUGCAGAUGACAGUCGUCUUGUGUCGUGUGGCAUGGAUGGGGCCGUGUAUGAGUGGAAUACUCUCAGCGGUACCCGAGAGUCUGACAGCGUGCUCAAGACCUGCAGCUACACAGGGGUCACCAUCUCCCCUGACGCAAAGACAUUCUUUGCUGUUGGGACAGACUGCACUCUGAAGGAAAUCCAAAACAGUCAGAUCAAAAGUGAAGUGCCUUCAGGUCAUGUGGUUUGCACCACUGUUGCUAUGUCUCGUUCAGGACGAGCUAUCUUCAUUGGAACCUCCACUGGGACGGUGAGGGUCGUCAAAUACCCUCUACUCAUCCAGAAUGACUGGCUAGAGUACCAGGCCCAUGCUGGCCCUGUCACUAAGAUGGUUAUCACUUUUGAUGACCAGUUUCUCCUAACAGUCUCAGAAGACGGCUGUCUUUUCAUCUGGAAAAUCAUUGACAAAGAGGGACAAGGAUUGAAAAGAGAGAAGGAAUUAAUAUACACAGAAGAGAUCCUUGUCACCAAAUUAGACCUUGAAGAAAAGAAUAAAAAGAUUCUGGACCUGAGCACAAGAGUGGAUGAGCUCCAGAAGUAUAACAAGCACCAGCUCAGCCUCAUGGACAUUAACUACAAGAAUUACAUCAAUGAACUCACUGAAAAAUGUCACCAACAGAUCAGUUCACUAAAUGCUGAGAAAGAGGUCAUGAAAACAGAAAAAGAGAAACAGCAAGCCGCCCAUGUUAAAGCUCUGUCAGAAAUCUUAGAGAAACAUGAUAAAGAGCUGCAGGACAUGGAGUCGGCCAAUAACCAGAAGCUCAUGUUGGAAUAUGAGAAAUACCAGGAGCUACAACUGAAGCUUCAUAGAGAUCAGCAGGAAUGUGAGCAGCAGCUGCACAGCAUGGAGGAGAGCAAGACCCGAGCCCUGGAGGAGAUGAUGCAGUCUUAUGAGGCAAAGCUGGAAGAGAAGACAAAGCUGUUGAACCAGUUUCAGGUUGAAUCCCAGAAGCAGGUUCAGGAAUUUGAGGAAUACAUAAAGCAAGUGGAGGUGGAUGCAGAUAUCGAAAUCCAUGACAUCCGCAUGAAAUACGAGCAAAAUCUUAGAGAAGAAAAAAAAGCCAAUUCUAUGCUCAAAGUGGAAUUAGAUACCACAACAAAGUCGUUUCAUGGCCUGCAGAAGGAAAUUGAUAACAGGAACUUGGAGAUUGAGAAACUGAAGCAGGAAGUGCAAAAGCUGCAGGCGGUGAUCAAAUCACUGGAGAACGACAUCACUAGGCUGAAGACCGAAAUUAAGAAUAAAGAUGAAAUUAUGCAGGACAAGGAAAAGAGCAUCUUAGAUCUGAAUAAGUUGAAUACCUUACUUAACAAAUCACUCGAAGUGAUGAAGCACAAGGCUGAAUUUAUGGAGGAGGAGAUUGCGCCAAAAGACAGUCAAAUCGAAGAACUGAAGGAGCAGAUGCAGGAGAUGGAGGGAGAGUUGAAGGAGUUCCAUAAGACGAACACACAACUGGAACUGAAAAUUGAUGAACUGAACUUGAAAUUGAAAACCAAAGACAAAGAAAUACACAAAGAAAUGAAGAAGGUGCAGGACUUUGGGGUUCUGGUACAGAGAUUUAAAGCUGACCUUCACACAUGUGUGGAAUGCAUUCAGGACCCAAAAAGAUUAAAGGAAAAUAUUAGAGAGCUCUAUAAAUGUUAUGUUCAGCCAUCAGAUGUGGUAGAGAAAGUGAAGGUGCACACAGAUAUCCAGAGGGAAAACAGCAAACAGAGGGAGCGCUAUGAGAAGAUUAUCACUACUCUGAAGAACCAGCUUAGCAGAGAUGCAAACGUCUUCCAGGCCAACAAUACGAAGCUCAUGAAACACAACGUAGUUCUUAUGAAAGAGAUCAAUGAUCUGCGUCAGGAGCUGCACACAGUCCGAAUGCAGCUGCACAACUAUGAGAGUCAAAGCAACUUCAACAAGAACAAGGGCUCUCCUAACACAAGAGGUGCAGCUUCAGCAGGGGCGACUGGCUUGAUGACGCAGCAGAAUUCUGAAGAAGCAGAGAAGAUCAUCCAGUUUCAGCGACUGGAGAUCCAUAGACUCAAGCAGGAGAUUCUCGGCCAGACACCCUCAUCCAGAACAAAACUACCACCACUUGCUAACUGAAUGCACUUCUUGUUCUCCAUGCCUGAAUAAAGUGUAUCAAAUAUAUGUCAUAUUGGGUGUUACUUAAUGAAACAAAAAAGUACAAGACAAAACUCUGACCAGAUUUAAAUAAACUUUCCAGAUAUCUUCCUAUUUAGGGUUUUUUAAUUUUAUUUCAUGAAUUUCCUGUAUGAACAUGUAUGAAUGAAGUUUAUGAAGAAUAAUUUGACAAAAUAGACAGAACACAGUUUCUAAAUGAUCAGCCAUCAAUAGAAUAUCUUCACAUGUAAUUUAAAAUGAAUAAAAAUGCAUUUUUUGGGGUCUAGAGGUCUUUUAUUUUUCAGUGAUGAGUGCAGUCAGUAUUUUUAUAUUAUAAAAUUGUUAUAUUAUAAUUAUAAUGAGCUGAAGUGAAAAAUGACAGAAAUUCGUCGAUUCUAUUUUAUCUGCUGUGAUGUAAGAAAAUCUUUUGAUUUUCUGCUUCUUCUUUGUUUAAUUAGUGUUAAUGUGAUCAGAUGUCAUGCGUUACAGAUCUUUUAAUCAAUGACGCUUGUUCUGAACUAUGUGCUUGGACUGUAAACCCUAAUGCUCAAAAUACUUAAUUGUUUUGAGUAGGACAUACUUAAAUGUAACAAAUUAGUUCAGUUAAAUUAACUGUUAUGAGUAUUUAGAACUUUCUUUUUCUUUUGAGUUCACAGAACUGAUAUAUUUUAAGUAAACUGAAGUGAACUGUU